AUGCCCCCACGACCACCACCCUCCGCCGUGCGGACCCUCGUCUCGUCGGCGAUGCACGCCGGGCCCUCCACGACCCGUCCGAAUGCCUCCCGCCUCCGCCCCUCGACCGUGGCAGUCGGCACAGCCUUUGAGGAGUACGCGCUCUCGCUCCUGAACAGCGAACUGCACAUGCUCCUCCGCCGCGUGGGGGGUAAGGGCGACGGCGGCGUCGACCUCAGAGGAGAGUGGUGGGUGCCCAAGCCGCCGCCGAAGCGGAUGCCGUGGCGGGCGAAGCAGAGGGAAGAGCUGCGCGCGGCGCAGGCGACCGAGCCAGCUGAAGCCGUGGAGGAGGACAGCGACGAGACAGAGGGAGAUGUAGGACCGAUACCGCAUCCCCCGCCACCGCCGAGAACAAGUCUCGACGUCGUGGAACCCCCAGCUCUGACGGUAAGGGGCAAGCCGAAUCGGAAGAAAAUCCGGCCCGCCACAGUCUGGGUACAGUGCAAGGCGGCGCAGGUCAUGCUCGGUCCUGCGGUUGUGAGGGAGCUGGAUGGCGUGUUGGCUGGACGAGACACGCUCGGUAUUCUCGUCUCAAAGUCUGGCUUCUCGCAGCAGGCGCACAUUGCCGCCCUCCGCGCCCAGUCAGCGAUUAUGCUCGUCCACCUGCCAUUCGACUAUGACUCGUCUCUCUCGACCACCAUCUCUUCCUCCCCAUUAUCCUCCGCCACGAUAUCAGAGCUGCCUGCUUCCGAAACACAGGGGGAUGAGCCGAUACCAGUCCUCGGGGCGACGUACAAUCCCGCCUUUGGCCGGUUCCUGACCAUGCACGGGCUCGAGCUGCGAAGGGAGUUGAGAGGAUCCACCCCUGGCGUUGGGGUAUGGUACGCCGGCUCGCGGAUGGGGCGGUAUGGUCCCAGCUCGGUGGAAAUGCCGAAGGUCGGCGAGGCAGUGGAUGGGAAACGGGCAGAGGGACGACCACGGAAGUCUGCCCCAUCUCUCGAGUCGGUUCCGGAGGGAAGCCGGUCUGUUUCCACCUCGACGGCGUCGACGCCAAAGCCCCGGGGUCGACCGAGAAAGACGCCCACGCCUCCCAGUGAGGAGAAGAGCGCUUCUAGACGGCCAUGGACACGCUCACUUUCAGCGGGGAGUGAGAGCGAGCCAGAUGGUAUUUUAGCGCCCCCUCCGCCACCGACAUCGCCUACGGCGGCCGUGCUGCCUAAGCGUCCGCGCGGCCGGCCACGCAAAACUCCAGCUGCGGAGACAGUCAAGACGGUCGAGUGA